AUGCCACUCUCGAAUAGUCGUAGCAUCCUGCGUAUCACCCGCUUGCAAGCGCGUGAGGCUGCUAGCCGCAGUGCCGCCGAGAACCUCGACAGCUCCUCUAGAACGCAAUCGACUCCCUCUCCAACAAUUCCCGGUGACUUCAACCACGACAAAGAAGACAAGAUAGACCAAGAACUCCAGGACAACUUCGACAAAGAACCAAUUCCUUCGGCCGCCGAAGAACGCACUUUGUCCCCCGAGCUUCUAGGCCUCACUACUACCGACUACGACACUUCGACUCCUGAUCUUUUCGAACGAUCCGGUUCUUCACCUGAACCCGAGGAUCCCAUCCCAUCUACUUCGAAUCUCGAACUCCCGACUCCGUCUUCUUUUCGCGCCCACGCUCAGCCGCCCAUCGCAUCCUCUUCGCAACUUUCAGUCAUACCUUCAUCCAACCUGGCACCUCCGCCACCAUUAGCACCUUCGAACGCAGCUUCGAACUCCAACCCCGCACCGCCCGCACCUACAAUUCCUUUGACUACUACUGUGUCCUCUUCGAGCCCAGCUCCUACCAACACUACAAACAUGAGUCAGAACACGAACACACCAUUGAUGACCCCAUGCGGUCAUUCGACAGCACCAAGCUUCAACCCAUCGGAAGUCCGUUUGCUUCGGCGUUACUUCCAGGACCUCGAAGCAUUGUUCACCCGGUGUCAGAUUACCGAUGAAGCAGCCAAGAAACAGUGGGCCGUUCGGUACCCUUCGAUCGAUGUCGCCGACUUAUGGGAAACCAUUGAGUCCUUCAUCGAUGUAGCCAAGAGCUACAACGACUGGAAAGCCAACGUACGAGCACUCUAUCCUGGCGCCGACGAUACAAGAAAGUGGUCGCUGGCGGACAUGGAUCAGCUCAUUGGAGAACGCGCUCGUAUCGGGAUUCACAACGCGGCAGACCUAGGCUGCUAUUAUCGCAACUUCAUGGCCAUUACGAAACAUCUCAUCGCACAGCACCGGCUCUCCACUAUCGAACAAAGUCGCGCAUUUCUUCCAGGAUUCCAGCCAGCGUUGCUCACACGGCUCGAGACCCGACUACACCUCAAGCACCCCGAUCACUACGCCAACGACCCAUACACCAUGGCAGAGAUUCACGCUGCGGCUACUUUCAUUCUACACGGCACAUCGAGCACACCUACGACAGCGGCUAACCAAACUAUCGCUUCGACAUCGAACACUUCGACAACGGUGCCCCCCGGGAUGAUCAAGACCAAAGACAUCUCAAUGAUCAUCAAAAGCCUGUCGAGGACGAUCACAACGCUUAUUCAGCCGACGACGCAUGCUACACACAACCACGCCCUCGCACCGAGACAACAAGCUGCCGUCCACGUCCACGAGAACAGCGGAGUUGAACAGACGUGCCACUACUGCGGCAAUCGUGGCUGCAGGGUAGGCACCUGCGAGUUCACGGAGAUUGACAUUUGGGACGGCAAGGAGGUCUUCGACGGCGUCGAGAUUCUACAGCAGAAGAAGCCCACGACGCCAGUCGUCACGAGAAGCGCGGAAGCCUCGGGAUCUGGUACAUCGAAAGGAGUGGCGGCACCCCCGAGCACUUUGACAAGCACGGCCCCGCCUCCGACGAUACCAGCAGCAUCGCCUUCGCCGCCUACGCAAUCCACGUCUCAACCUAUUGCUACAUCCGCUCCCCCAGCACCACCAGUACACCCCUUCGCAAACGCUCGCGAUGCAACAUACACCCCGCCGAACGUUCGAAACUUCGCAACUCCGCCGAAGCCCUCAAAUGACAAGGGCAAGGAACCAGCGUACAAGACCAUCGUCCCCGUUAUCCAGCCGAAGCUUGCCGAGGAAAUCUUCCAGCGUUCAAUGAAGUCACAGUUCGUCACGCUGACCCCAGAAGAGUUGCUGUCGAUCACGCCCGAUGUUCGAACCAAGUACCGCGACGCCGUCACCCCUAAGCGAGUCUCGACGGAACCCGUCGCGUCGGCCCACAUCGUAGAAAUCGGCGCCGACGAGGUCACGGCCGUCAACCAGCUCUCGUGUUCAGGUGCAAUGUUGGAACCCGGUGCUACAAUCGUCCCCGACCCCUAUGAAACCUAUCUGAAGCACAUCCCUCACGGCGAGCACCCCGCAGAGUUCACUGUCGCCCGCGAUUCGAAUGCGAUUCGUUCGAUCAUCGCGUUGGUCGACAACAAGGAGCAAAUCGAAUGCAUCGUCGAUCCCGGUUCACAGAUCGUCGCCAUGUCGGAAGAG